UAAUAUCUUAUUACAGUCAUCGAGUGUUACUCUUCGACAACUAUUGUCACAUAUCGUUGCAAAUAAAUUAAACGUAUAAAAACUGCUGUUGUACAAGCUGCAAAACUCUUUGAUGCGUUCAUGAUUGCCGACAAGAAAUAAAAUAUUUUAUAUUAAAAAACUAUAAAAGAAAUUUGUUUAUAAUAUCCUAAAAACAAAAUUGUAAUACGAUAUCGUAAGACACAGUAAUAUCGUAGAAUAAAAUAAUUUAUCACCACAAUGGGUACGACAACAUUGUAUUUUAACGAUACAACUUAUUGGCUUCUGACCGCACUUGCCGUAACGUUAAUUGCAUUGUACUAUUUCAUUGAGCAUUCUAGAGCAGUUCGUCUCAUUAAAAAAAUGCCAGGUCCACCAUCCUUACCUAUCAUAGGCCACCUACUAAUACCUCUUGCAAAGUCUCCAGAAGACAUGUUUAAUACAACUUUGAAAUAUCGUGAUAUAUAUGGAUUAGCAGCAGGCGUAUAUAUUGGACAUAGAGUAGCAGUCUUUCUGGCAGAUCCACAAGAUAUUGAAAUAAUUUUAAGUAAUCCUGCGCAUAAUGAGAAAGCUGUGGAAUAUGAAUUCUUCGAACCAUGGCUUGGAGAUGGUUUGCUUAUCACAAAAGGUGAUAAGUGGCACAGACAUAGAAAAAUAAUAGCGCCCACAUUUCACAUGAGUAUUUUAAAGACAUUUGUACCUCUGUUUUAUGAGAAUAGUAUAGAUCUCGUGAGACGGCUUCGCAAUGAAGUUGGAAAAGAAUUCGACUGUCAUGAUUAUCUAUCAGCUGUAACGGUUGAUAUUUUAACAGAAACUGCGAUGGGAGUUAAAAGAGAAAAAAGGAAAAACACUGGAUACGAUUAUGCCAUGGCAGUGAUGAAAAUGAGCGAUAUUGUACAUCGAAGGCAUUAUAAUGUUAUAUUACGUUCUGAGUUACUUUUUAAACUUACCAAGUUUGCGAGGAAGCAAGAGAAAAUGCUCAAUAUUAUUCAUACGCUGAUAAAUCAUGUUAUUAAAGAAAAAUCGAAGGAUAUAGAAGAUAAAAAUCAACAGCAAAAGGAAGUGCAAAAUGAAAACAACAAACUUGUGGAAAGCGUAAACGCGAUCAAAAAUGAAGGAAAUGACCAAAAUAAUGAUGCUAAAUAUAAACUGCAUUAUGUCAGAGAUGAUCUCGAUGAUAUCGAUGAAAACGAUAUAAAUGAAAAAAAACGACUUGCCUUCCUAGAUACGAUGAUGGAAUUGAAAAAUGUUGGACAGAUGACUGACGAGGAGAUUUGGGAGGAAGUAAACACUAUCAUGUUUGAAGGUCAUGAUACCACAGCAGCUGGCUCAAGUUUUGCACUAUGCGCCUUAGGAUGUCAUCAAGAUAUUCAGGCUCGCGUGCAUGAAGAAUUGGAUGCAAUUUUCGGCGACAGCGACAGACAAUGCACUUUUCAAGACACUUUGGAAAUGAAAUAUCUCGAACGAGUUAUUUUGGAAACUCUGAGACUUUUUCCACCGGUACCUAUCAUUGCCAGAAAACUUAACGAAGAAGUAAAGAUAGUUACAGGUGAUUAUAUUCUUCCAAAAGGUGCCACGGCAAUAAUAGCACAAUUCGCAGCGCAUCGUUCGGACAAAUAUUAUCCGAAUCCAACAGUUUUUAAUCCAGAUAAUUUCCUACCGGAAAAAAUGCAAAAAAGACAUUACUAUGCUUUUAUUCCUUUCAGUGCUGGACCAAGGUCCUGCGUGGGGCGAAAAUAUGCUAUGCUAAAAUUGAAAGUCCUGUUGUCGACGAUACUAAGAAAUUAUCGUGUCAUUUCUGAUGUGCCAGAAAAAGAUUUCGUUUUACGCGCCGAUAUUAUUCUAAAAAGGCAUGACGGAUUCAAGAUCAAGAUCGAACCACGCAAACCAGUAUCUUUGAUUUAAUUCAGGAAAACGGUGAAAUAAUUUAAUUCUCGUGCAAACGCGAGUAAGCGUUAUACUAUAUAAGUUUGAAAAUUAUAUUUUUUAUAUAUUAUACAAAUAUACAUUUCGGGA